CCCGUCUCCUUCAUAGGUGGGUGAGGGGAGGCGACAAGUUUGUGUGAAGUUGGGAAAAGUUGUCAACUAGAAAAAGAACAGAAACUCCUCCCGUCCUGAACAUUAUGAGCAAUCAACACCAGGGUGACAUGGCCGCUGCGGAGAGCGGCGGAGGCUUCAGCCAAAAGAGAAACUCACAAGACUCUCAGCAGCCAUCUCCACUGGCCAUGCUUGCGGCCACUUGCAGUCGUAUUGACACCCCGGGAGAGAGCGACUCUACCGGGGAGCAACAGCAGCAGCAGCAGCAACAGCAGCUGGACAUGAGUCAAGGUGUAUUCACCUCCAAUGCCAAUGGUUGGCAGGUUGUGCCCAUCAGCGUGCAGGCGUCAUCGUGCGGCAAUACAGUCACCACCGACUCCAUGAACGCACAAACGGAGGCCGGCAAGGCCAGAGGCCUGCUGUCCCCAUCGUCCUCGGUGGCCGUGAGCACUCAGCAACAGCAGUAUGUCGUCGCUCAGGCGCCGACGUUGCAGAGCCAACAGGUGCUCACCGCCAUCCCCGGCAUGAUGCCCAACAUUCAGUAUCAGGUCAUUCCUCAAUUCCAGACUGUCGACGGUCAACCGCUGCAGUUUGCACAUAGCCAGCAAGAUUCCACGGUAGCUGCCGCCACAGCUCAAGGACAGCAGUUUCAGAUUGUGUCCUCCGCCAAUGGCCAGCAGAUCAUAGCCGCUGCCAACAGAGGAACCGCGGCUGGAAACAUCAUCGCCAUGCCAAGUCUCAUUCAGGGGUCCAUUCCCCUCCAGAAUAUCACCCUGGGCAAUGGCAUGUUGCAAAACCAGACACAAUUUCUUGCGAAUAUGCCCAUGUCGCUUAAUGGGAACAUCACGCUGUUGCCUAUCAGCACCGGAGCCACCGCUACAGCAGCAGCGGAUGGCGACGCGAGCGGAAGCCAGCUUGUACAGCAGCAGCCCACGUCUUCCAGCAGCAAUGCGGGCUACUUGACCAGUGUGUCCACCAUCACAACGCCAACCUCCUCUUCAUACGGCAUGGCGCAGAGUAGUAAUGUAGCCACGGCGGUGACAUACCAACAGAGCGCAUCUUCUCUCGGUGUCCCCAUACAGCCGGACAACAGGGAGCAUCAACAACAACAGCCACAGCAACAGCAGAUCCUCAUCCAGCCCCAGCAAGUCCUCCAAGGGGCAACGCCCCUCCAAACCAUCCAGGCCAGUACCAUCACAACGGCAGGCGGUCAAGUGUUUGCCACCCCGACUCUUAGCCAGGAAGGUCUCCAGAACCUUCAAAUCAUGCCAAACACUAGCCCUAUCCUGUUGCGCACAGUCGGGCCCAACGGCCAGGUCAGCUGGCAGACUCUGCAGAUCCAGAGUCCAGCUGGGGCGCAGAUCACGCUGGCCCCAAUGGGCCAGACGCAGGGAGCCCCCGCUACCGGAGGAGUAUCGGUAAACACCGUGCAAAUCCCUGGACUCCAGACCAUCAAUCUCAACACGCUCGGAGGAUCGGGCCUUCAGAUGCACCAGCUCCAGAGUGUUCCCAUCACCCUUACUAGCCAAGCAGGAGACCAAACGUUGCAGACAGGCACAGAAGGUUUGGACGACAGCACAGCCCUCGACGACGAGGACAUCAGUCCACCGUCGCAGGGACGCCGCAACCGCAGAGAAGCCUGCACCUGCCCUUUCUGCAAGGAUGGAGAAGCACGCAGUGACCCAACCAAAAAAAAGCAACACAUUUGCCACAUGUCGGGAUGUGGCAAAAUCUACGGCAAGACGUCACACCUUCGAGCUCACCUGCGUUGGCACACGGGCGAGCGACCUUUCGUCUGCAGCUGGGCCUUCUGCGGCAAGCGCUUCACACGCUCCGACGAGCUCCAGCGCCACAAGAGGACGCACACGGGUGAGAAACGGUUUGCCUGUCCGGACUGUCCCAAGCGCUUCAUGCGGAGCGACCACCUCUCCAAACACAUCAAAACCCACUUCAACAAGAAGGGAGCGGUGCCCAGCAACAGCGGGGCCGCUGCUUCCGACACCCCUCCCGCCGCCCAAUCCCCGGAGGACGAGGGCAUGUCGGCCGGCGACCAGCACUCCAUCGUCACCAUGGAGACGCUCUCCCCGGAGAGCUUAGCUCGGCUCGCCAGCAGCGGGAUCAACAUGGUGCAGGUGGACCUGAAUCAUAUCAACGGCAACUACUAAGAGGAGCACGCCGCAUUCAGGGACCGCAGACAUUGAUCAAACAAGAUUAUGCAUUUAGAUUGAAAAGUUUCCUUGCCUAUUUGUUUACAGAAAUCAUCAUUGCCCCACGACUACAAUCAUCUCCGCAAUGGAACUGCAAUAAAAUGACCGAAAUUGUAAACCGUCUUCUCUACAACAAUAAUGCCCUACAAACCCCGUUCAGCACAAUGAAAAGCAACAUUUUUUUCAAAGAAGGUUUUGUACUAAAUCAUGUAGCGCAGGAUUCUCAAACAAGAUCCUGGAUACUGAAAUGACACAUACACUUUACUUACAUUAACAUAUGACCCACCUUACCUUUGUUUGAGUAGCCCUGUUCACUGCCAAACUGAUUCGCAAGUCAAAUUAUGUUGAAUUAUAGGGGAAGUAAAAAAAAAAAUCCUUCCCAAUACAGUAAUGUUAAAGCACCCCCACUAGUCUUAAACACAGUUUUCUGCUAAAUGUUUGAAGAGUGUGAAUUUAGCAGGUGGAAACCCCCCCACCACAUUUUACACUGCAGUGUAUUGACUGAGUACAUACGUUUUGCAAGACAAUUUUUGAUUCUCCUUUGCCUUUUAAGGUGGUUUUAUUUUUUCCCCGCCAUUUGCUCAAUGCAACACAUGACUGGUUUCAAAACUACAUCCAAUCCAUCUUUAAUGCCAAAUGGAGCAUUUUUUUUUUCUUUGGGAGAACUGGAUUUUCCACAUCAUCCUUACUACGGUAACUGUGACUGCUGAGACGAAUGAAAUUAUUUAACAAGCUUAGGUACACAGCCAAGUUAAAGUGCUAGGAUUGAUUGUUUCAUUGCAAAAUAACUUUUGAGUGUAUAUAUAUAUAAAUAUAUAUUUGCUAAGAAAGAAAAUCCCAGCAAUCUUAGCCGAGGCCGGAAUGGUCCUUGUUGAUUGUGAGAGGUUGCCUUUUUAGUUGUUUGCCUCUUGUCCACAAUCUUAAUCAUAUUAUGAAUUUUGUUGUUGUAUGUCGAUCAAGUGAACGAUGCAUUUGUGUACGGUCAUUAUGUUCCAAGAACUUUUCAUCUCCCCACUCUGUGGUACCAGCUGACACUUUGCCUUGUGGAGUUAAUUUUUAUUUGUGAAAUAUUUUUGUUCAAAGCUGUACGGCGCAAAUGCUCAGACCAAAGUUCACACACGAAUAAGCGGAAAUGAAGAGUGGUCAUGUCUUUUGUUGAAUUGAAACUGGACAAAGUAAUCGGUGCGACACGACGAGUUUGGCUCAAGUUGCUCAGUGUAUUCAACAGGUCAAUUUGGAAGGAUGCUCAUCACCACUGUGAGAAUGUCUUCCUUAGACCCCAUGUGUCAGGCUUUCUUUUUUUUUUUUUGCAAACUCUACAUACAAGUGCUCUUUUUCUUCCCACUGCCUGUUCUAAAUGAGGGAUUUUAUAUUGUAUACUACUGCAAAUGCAAACAGCUGGAUUAAAAUCAUUAUUCUCUUA